AUGGCUUUAAUAAAUUUUAAAGAAAAAAUUCAAAUUUUGUUAAAGUUAAAAGAAUCAUUAAUACCUCAAAUAGAUGGAAAUUUUAUAAAAAAUUGGGAAUUGGAAGCCCUUAAUUAUCAAAAUACAAGUGAAAAUAUUAUGUGUGAAUUAAAAAAUGUAAAUUUUAUAGAAGGUUUAGUUGAUGGUAUUUCAUCACAAUUGUCUUAUUUGAGAAUAAAUCUGCAGAAUUAUGAAAAUAUGCUUGAAGACGAAAAAGAUAAAUUUAAAAGAUUAUAUGUGUUGGCCGCACUUGGAUUAAUUGCAAAACUAAAACUUAUUUUAUUUUUUUCAACUUAUAUAAAUUCAAGAAAGUAUAAAAAUAGUAAAAAUUUCCCUGUUAUGAAUGAAAGCACUUUCAACGCGGAACCAAAUACAUGCGAAAAUAUUUAUGACGAAAAUCAAAAUAAAAUAGAGGAUAAUUCAUAUGAAAAUGAUAUACAUAAUAUUGAUUUAAAAGGAAGUUCAAUAUUUACAAAUAUCGAAGAACAAUAUUCUCAAUUAAGAAAUUGUACCCAAGAAUAUAAAGAAAAGCUCUUUAAUGAAAUGGCAUUUAAUGCUUUAGCACAUUAUAAUGCACACAUAAAUAAUCCGAAAAAUACAAAUAAUGAUGAUUAUAUUGAUAAAAAUCCAGGAAUUUACAAUAAUAAUAUAGAAAAUGAUUCAAGAAAUAAUAAUGAACUUAUGGGAACCAACAUAAAUUGCGCUAUACAUGAUAAACCUCUCUCCACAAAUAUUGGAAACAACAUGAAGGUUACCAACCAUAUACAUAAUAACAAUAAUAAUUAUAAUACACAUUUUGUAAAUAAUAUGCAAGAUAAUCCAGUUAAUGUGAUCAACAAUUUUAAUAUUGAAAAAAAUGAAAGAGUACGAAGCAAUUCUUCAUUAAUAUCAAAAAAAAAAAUACAAUUACCUCAAAGCCAAAAUAAAACAACAAAUUUUUUAAAAAGCUCACAACCAUUAAAUGGUAUAAAAAAUAACCAAAGCCAACAUAUUAUUAACAAUUACAAUGAUCACUUAAAUAAUGAAACACAUAGAUAUACAAAACAAAAUCAAGAUAAAAUAUAUAAUUAUUUAACAAAUAUACACCACAAUAUGAACACAACAAACAAUGAUAAUUCUCAAAUAAUAAACAAUAACACAAAUUUAAAUAAGUAUUAUAAAUAUGAAAAUAAUAAUAACACACGCAGCGAAAAUGUUAUGCAGCCUUAUAAUAACGAGAUUUAUGAAAUAAAUGAUACCACAUAUAAAAAUUGUUACUAUAUGCAAUAA